UUUGUUAUAAAAUAUUAUUUAGUUGCCGCCGUCAUUUACAAGUCAAAUGGACCUUUAUUUUAUUUUCCACCAAGAGGUCAUGAAUAAGGAGGAACUAAACCACAGUUUACUUUCACUAUCACAGCCUUAGGAAAUAAAAUAUCAGAAGUAGGGUAGACUAUGAACCACACAAUGUUUUGGCAUAUAUAAUUUGAAUUUACUUUUAUUAUCUGAACAAACAAACGAAUGAGCAAAUAUGCCCAAACUAACGUUCAUCGGAUUAUACUUUUGGAUUUGUCUGGCGCAAAAGUUGGUUUCCGGAGAUCUUUAUCAUGAAGUGGGAGGGAAGCUCGUGUUGACGCCGGACAAGUCCACAGUGACUGACCCCAUCACAAGCAUCCUAUGGAAGCAUGGGAAGAACAAGGUGGCAGAAUGGGACAAGGAUUUUGGUGGUCUGGACAUCUAUGCUGCCUUCAAAGAGCGUACAACCCUGGACCAGACUACUGGAGAGCUGAAAAUCAGUGGAUUGAUGAAAACAGACAGUGGAGUUUAUUCUGUGGAGUUCAACAGCAAACUGCUUGACAAGACAUAUACACUAUCUGUUAUCAAGGCAGUCCCCAAACCCAAAAUCACUUCUUCCUGUAACGCCAACCAAACCUCCUGCACUCUGACCUGUGAAGGUGACACCACUGAUGCUGAACCCGUCACCUACAGAUGGAAAGUGGCAGAGGGGGCGUGGGAAGUCGGAGUAAAACAGUUUAAUGUCUUUAAGAGCGACACUGGCCAAUCAAACAACGGUUACAAGUACAUCUGCAAGCUGAAUAAUGCUGUUAUUGGGGAAGGGAAAGUCAGUGAGCCAGUUGGAGAGGUGUUUGGUCCAGAGCCUUCCAAUACCAGUACUAUUGUUGUUGGUGUUGUCAUAUUAGCGCUUGCUGCCGUCGUAACAGGACUUUUGGUGUGGAAGAAAAAGACAAGAUAUCCCCAUAACACCUGGAUUGACUUUUUGAGAAAGUUUUUUUGUGCAAGGUUUGGGGAUGAUCAGGUCACCAACCGUGGAGCCUCAGGGAUUCUAUCUGGGGUUGCCAUGGAUACAGUUUAUAGCACUGUAGGGGAGAAGUCUUCUAGUGAUUACUCCAGGAAUCAGAAUAAUAACAAUCAUCCCACUAACACAGUUAGAUCCAGUGAUGGAAACAACCAAACCACAGUUAAACUCAGUGAUGGAGUCCAGACAGAACAAGAGACGGUUAGGCUACUGUCCAUCAAAACAGGGGAUGAUGACACAGACAAAUUGCAGGGGAAUGGAGAUAAACCUAGUAGAUCCAACAGUCCUAACGAUGAGUCAAAGUUUGAUUGCAGUGAUGGAGUCCAGCCAGGACCAGUGGCCGAGUCUAAAACAGAUGGCAGCGCUGCACCAGUGGGCGAGGAUGAGUCUAAAACGAAUGGCUGCACUGCACCAGUGGACGAGGAUGAGUCUAAAACGGAUGGCUGCACUGCACCAGUGGGCGAGGAUGAGUCUAAACCGGAUGGCUGCGCAGCACCAGUGGGCGAGGAUAAGUCUAAAACGGAUGGCAGCGCUGCACCAGUGGGCGAGGAUGAGUCUAAAACGGAUGGCAGCGCUGCACCAGUGGGCGAGGAUGAGUCUAAAACGGAUGGCUGCGCUGCACCAGUGGGCGAGGAUGAGUCUAAAACGGGUGGCUGCGCUGCACCAGUGGGCGAGGAUGAGUCUAAAACGGAUGGCUGCGCUGCACCAGUGGGCGAGGAUGAGUCUAAAACGGAUGGCUGCGCUGCACCAGUGGGCGAGGAUGAGUCUAAAACGGGUGGCUGCGCUGCACCAGUGGGCGAGGAUGAGUCUAAAACGGAUGGCUGCGCUGCACCAGUGGGCGAGGAUGAGUCUAAAACGGAUGACUGCGCUGCACCAGUGGGCGAGGAUGAGUCUAAAAUGGAUGGCAGCACUGCACCAGGGGCUGACCUAAACGCAGCUGAAGGAGAGGCAAAAGGAGGGAAAGAUGAUUCGUAUUGUAGGACGGGAACUGUGGACCAGAGGUACGCAGAGGAUCAUGAAGACAAGAGAACCCAUCGUCUCACCUGAGUUACCAGCACUGGACGACAAGGCAUUCUAACGUUCAGAGAACAUUUCCAUAGCAAUAGACUGGCUUGUGUUCGGUGAAACUGAGGUCCAUUUAUAACAGUCACUUGUCCUUUCUAAACAAGUGUGCUUUAUAAAAACAAGGAGUGGGAAAUGUGUAGCAAUAGUUUGACCCCUAGAAGACCUUUUUGAAAUUGAAAGUAUAGAAAUGCACAAGCCCAACAAAGCAAAGCACCUUUAAGGCAUCAUAUUAAAGCUUUGAUUAGAAAUGAAGCAGCAACAAAUCAUAAACCAACUCAACAUUGGAUGCAAUAAGGCUUUCUUGUCUCAGAUAUAACCAGCAAUCAAAUGAAUAGUCAAUACUGUCAGUAGUCCAAAGGUCAAAGUCAAAAAGAGAUUCAGUUCAACCAAAAAUGUCCUUUAAAUCCAGGAUUCCCAAGAUUCAGUUCAGUUCUUUCCCAAAAAAGGUAAAUCCACAAAAAAUAUAAAUUAUAUUCCAAUAGUAAGAGCAGGAGAGUCGAUCAACAAUUCACAUUCAAUCAGAUACACUCAUCAUUCCGUGGUGUUGAAUGGAAGUCCUUAAAUCCAGUCAUUUCCCUUUUUAUGGCAAAUAAUCCAGUGGAACAGGUUUAAACUACACCAUUACGGAGCUAUUUUACUUGCAAAGUUUUCAAAAAAGCAUUUCCUCUUUGUUCCUCACACCAUAGCCUUUAAAAAAAAAAGUUAGCUCUUCCCUUUCCUACACACACAUGACCACAUACUUAAAUUGACAGGUAUCAUUUCUGGCCAAUGAACAGAUUAUCCACUUUGUGGUAAGGAAUACAUGCAUGACCAUUAAUUCUGUUUUGUAUCACAUUUAAUGUGGCAACGUUACAAGCGUUAGUUUAUUUUAAUCUUGUUUAGUAUGUCCAAAGCUGCCCUCUUCUUCUCUGCAUAUUUCUGAUCUUCUACCUGUCCUCUCCUCUAUUUAAGAACACAAUUAUUGCUAGCAAGUGUUAUGCCCAUGUCAAGAUAUUAGGUAAACAAGCAGAGGAAUUUCCAUGCCCUAGGCCUACUGUAUUUUAACUGAAUUUGCUUGUUUGUAUACUUAUAUUUACAUGAUCAUUUUCCAUUGUUGUACAUUAAUCCUAGUGUAUGUGGUUUGUGUGUUGUUUGUGUGUUGUAUGUAAGAAGGUUGGAUAAAAGCCUUUGUAUAUUUUGCAAAAAACACCAAAUAUAUUUAAAUAUGGAAAUAA